AAGGGAACCACACUAAGUUACAGAGGACGUAGGCCUAGAAAUGAUUGAGUACUCUACUUUUAAGUUUUAAUUAGUUUUUGCUGGUAAUACGCUUUCUUAACGUGAAAUUAAAACAAUAACGAGCUAGGUUUUUCCGAAGAUAUUUAUUUUUAAAAGUGUUUAUGACGACUGUGCGAGUGUUGUUAAAGGUUUUUCCAAUUUUGAUUUUAGGUAAGAAUUCUGUAUUACGAAUUCAAAUUCAAGGGUAAGAGGUCAAACUACAGGUUCCAAAAACUUCCUUCAAACAGUUAGAACAGUGGGAAAAAAGAAGAGGAUAUCUAAUAUUCAGACAUUUCAUUCAAUCAUUGCUGCAAUGAAUCAAGGUGAAUUUGGAAAAGGGGAAAAGCGAUGUAGUGCUGGAGAUGAAGAAACUCUAACAUUAGAGAUUACAAAGAAACCCAAGUUAGAAAAUGAGGACUUUCUCAAGGAUAUUACUGUGGAUGAGCAACACAAGUCAGAAGACCUGUCAUCUGAGAGUCCCAAACAACGUUUUAAGAAGAUGGCUGUAUUGUUGUCCUACUCUGGAAAGGGGUAUUUGGGAAUGCAAAGAAACCCAGGAGUUAAAACUAUUGAAGAAGACCUGUUUCAAGCGAUGUAUAAAACAGGGCUUAUACUUCAAGCACACAUAGAUAGACCACAACAGAUUAAUUUUCAACGAGCAGCUCGCACAGAUAAAGGUGUGUCUGCUGUGAGACAGAUUGUCUCUCUUAAGCUGCCAGUGACCGAGAAACCUGAUGGGAUUGUAGAAAAGAUUAACAACCAUUUACCUCCACAGAUACGUGUUAUAAGUAUCAAGAGAACAACCAAAGGGUUUAACUCGAAGAUUAGCUGCGAUGCUAGGACAUAUGCUUACAUGUUGCCCACUUUUGCUUUCACACCACCUGAAGUCCUUACAAAAGAAGAUUACACUAUUCCAAGUGAGAAUAUAAAAAAAUUAAAUGACUUGCUAGCAUUAUAUAAAGGAACUCACAAUUACCAUAACUUCACCUCUGGAAGUGUGAAGCACAGAUGAGAGGUAAACAACAGC